AGUAGUUGCAGAAUAUUUGCAGAAAGUUGCCAGGAGGCAAAACCUUCAACUGAGGACUUGGGGGAUAAGAAAGAAGGUGAAUAUAUUAAACUCAAAGUUAUUGGACAGGAUAGCAGUGAGAUUCACUUCAAAGUGAAAAUGACAACACAUCUCAAGAAACUCAAAGAAUCAUACUGUCAAAGACAGGGCGUUCCAAUGAAUUCACUCAGAUUUCUCUUUGAGGGUCAGAGAAUUGCUGAUAAUCAUACUCCAAAAGAGCUGGGAAUGGACGAAGAAGAUGUGAUUGAAGUUUAUCAGGAACAAACGGGGGGUCAUUCAACAGUUUAGAUAAUCUUUUUUUUUUUUCUUUUCCCUCAAUCCUUUUUUA